GCCAGCAGAUCACUGGUAAUCUCGAGUCUCCCGUGGCCUGGGAUUGUGUGGCUGUGACCCGGUGUUGGGGCGGCAAUGGAGGCUAAGGUACGGAAGACUGGUGGCCUGUGUUACCAGGUACUUUGAUAGUUGGCUGUUACCAAGAUGCUGCCAGGAAGGCCUGCCCUGCGCGUUACCUGCCAAGAGAGCUGUCCCACUCAAGCUUCAGGGGGCCAGGGUGUUACGCUCGGCACGGGCAAGCAUUGCAAGUACACCGAUAAGAUAAGACAUGGGGAGCUUGUCUGCCGGUUUCUCCUUCCAUCGCAAACGUCACUCCUCCAAACCGCUCCAAAGGACGAUGCAACCCGGCCACGGACCUGCUCCAUCAACUUGAUCCCCAAAACAAUGGCACAAGAUGCCUGUCCAGUCAAACCCGAGCCGACACUGUCCUUCACGCAGGGCUUCAUCUUGGGCCAGCUGUCGAUCGUGCUGCUGCUCGCCGCCUUUAUAAAGUUUUUCAUCUUUGGGGACCCUCCUUCACCCGAGGCCACCGCGUCCCUGCGCGCCACCGAGCGACGGUCGCGGACACUCGCCCACAAGAAAUCACUCCUGAGCUUGCGCGAGUCUCACAGCCGGCAGGCUGGCCAGCAGCCCGCUUUGAGCAAGAAGAAGUCGAGCAUCCUGCGUCCGAGCCCACCGCCCCUGACUAUCGGAUCCAUCCUCGACAAGACGUACUACAAGGUGGACAGCCAUCAGCCGGAAAGCCUGGACUGGUUCAAUGUGCUGGUGGCCCAGACGAUUGCGCAGUUCCGCAGCGACGCCCAGCACGACGAUGCCAUCCUCACCUCGCUCACGAAAGCGCUCAACGGGGCAAGCCGACCCGAUUUCGUGGACGAGAUCCGCGUGACUGAGUUGAGUCUGGGCGAAGACUUCCCCAUCUUCAGCAAUUGCCGCAUCAUCCCCGUGGACGAGGAUGGCCUCGACUUGACGUCGGGUAAGGCCUUCGACGCGAACAUGGCCACAAGGGAAGGCGCACGGCUCCAGGCUAGGAUGGAUGUCGACCUGAGCGACAUGAUCACGCUGGCCGUUGAGACGAAGCUGCUUCUGAAUUACCCCAAGCGGCUCAGCGCCGUGCUGCCCGUGGCGCUGGCGGUGUCGGUUGUCCGGUUCAGCGGCACGCUAUCCAUAUCCUUCGUCCCGAGCAACCCAUCCGAGAACACGCCCACGAAGAUGACAUUCACGUUUCUGGACGAUUACAGGCUGGACUUUUCCAUCCGCAGCCUGCUGGGGAGCCGAUCGAGGUUGCAGGACGUGCCCAAGAUCGCCCAGCUUGUCGAGGCCCGCCUCCAUCGUUGGUUCGACGAACGUUGCGUGGAACCUAGGUUUCAAGAAAUUGCCCUGCCCAGCAUGUGGCCUCGGAAGAAGAAUACCCGGGGCGGCGAAGACGAUGUGGAACGGUCCAUGACCAAGUCAAAGGGCCUGGACAUCGCCAAGGACCUGCGAGCCGAGGCCAGGAAAGAAGUUGAGGCGGAGGCGGAUGCGCGGGCUGACAGGGUUAACGAAUCGCUGAGGCUUCGACGCCGGCCUCGAGCCGAAGAUGUAUUCUCAGUGUCCGGAUCCAUGCCUGGAACUAUGCCCAACCUAGACAUCCCAACAUGAGGUGUCGAUGCAAGGGGAAUGGAGCCAAAAGGGGCCCUCGCGACUUUCCAGGCAUGCUAGGGGGUGGCCUGCUUAGUUGGCCUCCGGCCAGCCGCCAACGCCUUCC